AUUCCCUUUGAUAUCCAAAUCCAAACUUUGUUUGUUCAUAAAAGAAACUCUCUACAGGUCCAAGCUUUAAUACAACCAUUUUUAGAAGUAGCGAUGGAUUCAAUGAGAGGACAAGGAGGCAUUCAAAUGCUACUAACUGCUGAACAGGAAGCCCAACAAAUUGUUUAUGCUGCAAGAAAUGUUAAAACGACAAGAUUGAGGCAAGCAAAAGAAGAGGCUGAGAUGGAAGUGACAAAUUAUCGUUCCCAUCUCGAAGCUGAAUACAAGCAGAAACUAUCUGAGACUAGUGGAAGUUCAGACUCAACUGAAAAGAGGCUUGAGGUAGAAACAGAGCAAAAGAUUCAACAUCUGAAGAAAGCAGCCUCCCAAGUAUCUCCUGAUGUAAUUGCAAUGCUCACAAAGUACAUUACAACUAUUAAAACAUGAUUGAUGCAUGUUUUUGAAACACUUUUCCUCAUGAUAUAUGUUUUUGAAAACAAUUUGGUAGCUCGAUAAGU